AUGGAUAUAAAUGUGAUAACGACAUUGCCUUGGUAUCAGAGCUUAGGUUCAAUUUCUUGUGGACCCCGCACCUUGUGUGCAUCCUUAAGUUGUGGGAUCAUGAUGGGUUCCGUCACGGGACGUCAUCAUUUUGAUGCGGAGGAUUCUUUGACAUGGAUGGAUUUAGGUAUGAUUAAGGGUGCACGUUCCUUGAAACGUGUCUAUCCAAAUGUUCCACUAUGGGAGGAAACGGAAGAGCCGAAAGUAUUGAAUCCGCUGAGAUGA